AUGAGCAGCACAGUUCUGCCGACCAGCGCCACUAAAUUAUCCUCAACUCCUCUUCCACGAUCUCCUUUGACUCCCCCGCCUUCCGAGCAAGGUUUUAAGACGCAAGACUUGAAGACGCAGGACUCGAGCACGCGGAAAUCGAGAAUGCAGAAACAGGGGAAGUGGAAGGGGAAGCGUCAAUCAAGGACUGGACUGAAAGCUAUUAUCAAACAAGUCGAGAAGCGCAAGAUUGGCUGUGGAUUCUUCGCUGUCCCGUGGCUGCGCUUCAAGCUGUCCCCAACCGAGUUCGAGCGCUUUGAACAACACUAUCAAAAAGACGGAUUCGUCCAGGACAAGCUUCGACAUAUCAAAGCAAAGUAUCCGGGAGUGGUCAUUGAGGUAUCUCAUCCACAGAAGAGGCGGGAUUUGCCACGUCUUGCUGAUGAUUACAUCCUCGGAUCAGAUGCCGAGAUCCGCGUCGUUGUGGGGUUAGACCUCGACUAUAGAGGCAAGAUGGCUACUGUGUCCAUAUGGCGACCGCGAAUUCAAGUCAAUGCCGCUGGGGAGGAAGAAUUGGUUGCGCACAAAAUACGUAUUGACAUCUCUCAGGAGUUUCGCAGCGAAGAUGGUAACCAAAUCGGCGACCCACAAGCUGGCCUGCGCCUCUGUCUUGAAGACUUUGCACCGAAGGCGUACGCCGACGGAAACGCAUCCUUGGAUGAUGAGAUAUUCAUCUCUGCACAUGACCUCUUCACGUACCUCAAGGACGCAGAGGAGCUCGAUCUGGUAGGCAGAGCAAGCUCAAUGUACAAAGCUAUCAACCCUAGGACUCGGAAGCGAGCUCGAGAAAGCACGCCUCCCGAGGAGCUGGUUCAUGAUGAUGAGGAGCGGUUCACAGAGGAGGAGAAGAGAGUCGAGGAACAGGAGAGCCGCGGCGAUUCGUCCUAUCAUGGCGACAGCAGACCCCAGCCACAACGCAAGCAGCCCAGAAGACGGAGCCGUCGAUCCUAG